ACCCAAUUCCUUGCGGGUGAUAUGGAGAGGAGAUGCCCUCUUCUUUCUAUCAUAUGCUUUCUUACAGUGCUGAGCGUUCAGCUUGCGAUUUCUCAUGCUUCCACCACCGUCCUCUGCCAGGAGGCAGAGAGGCAAGCCCUGAUCCAGUUCAAGCGAGGAUUCUAUGAUCCUUCCGGUCGUCUCUCUUCCUGGGUCGGGAAGGAGUGCUGUAUGUGGGAAGGCGUCGGCUGCAGCAACGUCACCGGCCGUGUUAUCAAGCUCGACCUUCGGAAUGCACGCGUCAAUUUAUUUUCUGAUUGCUCUGACAAUUUUGACUACUGGUAUGGUGAUAGUAAAGGAUGCAAAUGGACAUUAUACGGUGACAUAAGCCCGUCGCUGCUCUCUCUCCCACACCUUCAACACCUGGACCUUAGCGGCAACGUCUUUGAACGUCGCCGAAUUCCCGAGUUCUUGGGAUCCUUGAGGAGACUAAGGUAUCUAAAUCUCUCGAGCGUAGGCGUCGCCGGCAGAGUACCCGAGCGGCUCGGAAAUCUCUCCACCUUGCGCCACCUCGAUCUUUCUUACAAUUUUUAUGGCCUUCUCAAAUUGUACGUUGAAGACCCUGGAUGGCUCUCUCGUCUCACUUCCCUUCGUCUCCUCAACAUGAGCUGGGUCAGCUUUCGAAAUGCAUCCAAUUGGUUACAAGCAUUUAAUGCACUCCCUCACAUUCAAGCGGUAGAAUUGAAGUCGUGUGACUUGGGGACCUUUCCUCCUUCCCUGCCUCUUGUCAACUUCACAUCUCUCACUACUCUUGAUUUAGGAUACAACAACAUCAACUCUACCAUACCAGAUUGGCUUUUCAACAUAACCAGCCUCGACUUCCUUUAUCUUGGUGGGAAUGACCUGAACUGGCUCAUUCCUGAGUCCAUCGCGAAGUUGACGUCGCUCAAGGCACUCGACUUGUCUCAGAAUACCUUCCAUGACGGCUUCAUUCCAGCAGCACUGUCCAGCCUCUGCAGGCUCCAAUUUCUUUAUCUAAUAGAUGUGCCUAUCAAUGAUACACUGGCUAAUCUAGAAGUAAUUUUCUCCGGAUGUCUUAUGUCUAGCUUGCAGGAACUGUACCUCAGACACAGCCAGCUGAGUGGUACCUUGCCGGACUGGUUAGGAAACAUGGAGAAUCUCAAAUCUCUUGAUCUUUCCUCCAACUUCCUCUACGGAUCACUGCCUGCGUCGCUUGGAAAUCUGUCGAUGCUGCAAACUUUGGAUGUAAGUUCUAAUGAUUUGAAUGGGUCGAUUCCGGAUGGCAUCGGGCAGAUGAAGAGCCUUGUCUCUUUGUUUCUGACUGACAAUUCGUUGAGAUUGUCUCAAGUCCACUUGGCCAAUCUAUCAAAUUUGAAGGAUUUGGACAUUUCGUACAACUCGUUUGUCUUGGAAGAAGGCAAUGACUGGAUCCCCCCUUUUAAGCUUAAUACUCUUUCGAUGCAACUCUGUGAGAUAGUGCCAAGACCCCAGUUUCCGAAAUGGCUUCGAACACAGACAGCUCUUACGUAUUUAGAUUUAGCUGGCGCAGGCAUCCAAGGCGCUAUUCCUAACUGGCUUCCUCCCAGUCUCGAGCAACUGGACCUCUCCUAUAAUGGCAUCACCGGAGGCAUGCCACAAUAUCUUCCAAACUUAAGUUUUUUGGGUCUCUCAAAUAAUCGGGUGUCAGGGCCCCUUCCCUCGACAAUCGCAGACACCAUGCCGGCAAUACAGUUUCUCUACUUAUCUACGAAUAAUCUGAGUGGGAUCCUCCCUCUUUCCCUUUGUCGAAAUAAGUUUCUGUACGUGCUUCGACUUGCCCAGAACAAUCUGUCGGGAGAUCUUCCUAAUUGCUGGAAAAAUUCCUCAAUCCUAGUUGUCAUGGAUCUAUCAAACAACACUUUACAAGGGGGGAUUCCACACUCAAUCUGCAAUUUGAAAAAGCUACAGUCGCUUCACCUGAGCAACAACAAUCUAUCGGGUCAGAUGCCUCUUUGUUUAAAGAGUCUCACAGAACUGGAAACUCUUGAUCUCGGCUACAACAGCUUCGUUGGAGAUGUACCGCCCGGGAUCGGAGAAAACCUACUGAACCUAAAGACGCUCAGCUUACGCUCAAAUGCCUUCACCGGCAGUAUUCCUCGCUUUUCUCAUAUAGCAUCUCUUCAAAUCUUGGAUCUUUCGAACAACAAUCUAUCUGGAACUAUCCCUCGGAGCUUCGGCAACUUCCCUGCCAUGAAACUCUCUCCUCAAAAGGGCGACUAUGAUAUCGGAGGUGCGGCAGAAAAUAUGUGGCUAUUUGUCAAAGGAAUCGAAUCCGAGUACAGCAGCCUACUGCCGCUCGUCACUAUGAUCGAUCUCUCCAACAAUGGCUUGUCAGGAAGUAUCCCCGAGGAGUUAGGAAAUCUACAAAGUCUUCAGACCUUAAAUCUAUCUUGGAAUUAUCUGACGGGAGAGAUACCAAACAAUAUCAAGGGAAUGCAACAACUAGAAACUCUGGAUCUAUCAAGAAAUAAUCUCUCAGGUUCAAUUCCUUCAACCUUGGCCACCUUGAAUUUUUUGAACCAUUUGAACCUGUCAUAUAAUAAUCUUUCAGGCAGAAUUCCCACCGGUAACCAAUUGCAGACUUUUACUGAUCCAUCUAUAUAUGCCGGUAACCCAAAUCUUUGUGGCCCUCCUCUUACCAAAAGCUGUCCAAAGGACAUAUCCAUCGAUGACAAAGAAAAGCAAAGCGAAGAUCUUGACAGCAGAACCGAAACUGUUUGGGAGUACGCCAGCAUCACGCUGGGAUUUAUCGUAGGAUUUUGGACGAUUUGUGGAACCCUACUAUUGCAAUGGAGAUGGAGGAUUGCUUACUUCCGCGCCAUCGAUAACAUGUCCGAUAGGCUCUACGUGGUGACGGUAUUGAACAUGGCAAAGCUCAGAAGGAAGCUACGAGGAAGUGGUCAAGAUGGGUGAUCCGAUAUAAGCACUACGGCUUGGGUAACAUCAAGAAUCAAGUACCUGAUAGAGGCAUGUUUACAGGUUUUCUAGUUAUCUGCAGUUGUAUCUUCUACAUGUGUGUCCUUUCACGAUAAUAAGACCGCUUUAGCUUUUAUGUCAACCAA